AACUGUAGUAUUUCUUUUACAAGUUGUUGAAGAGAGUGGAGGGUUUUUUCUUUCUUUUAAAAUUUUUAAUUACAUUUUGCUUUGGAUGGUUUGACAGAGGUUGUGGUUGGGAUUAAAAGUGUACGGCAUAUAUUAUGGACUCUAAUGAAGAGGAGAGAAUUAAGGGUCACAAGAGUUAUGUCCCAAAUAUGAUCAGUGGAGCAGCUUAAUCAGAUAUUGGUGUUCUGGUUAUUUCUGCCCUUAAAGGGGAAUUCGAAACUGGAUAUGAGGGGUGGGCAAACCUGUGAACAUGUUCAGAUUGCAAAAACUUUGGGCUUAUCUAAGCUGUUCGUGGUUGUGAACAAAAUGGAUGAUCCCACUGUUAACUGGUCCAAAGAAAGAUAUCCAGUUUCUACCUAUAUCUGGUCUUCUUGGUUCCAACAUGAAAAUGAGACUGGAGAAGAGCAUAUACCCCUGGUGGAAUGGCCCUGCCUCUUUGAAGUUCUUGAUGCAGUUGAAAUUCCUCCUCGAGAUCGAAAAGGAUGCCUAUAAUUGACAAAUUUAAAGACAUGGGAACUGUCGUAAUGGGAAAGGUUGAAUCUGGUACCAUGCAUGAGGGUGAUUCCUUAUUGGUCAUGCCAAACAAGGCUCAAGUGAAGGCUCUCGCCAUUUACUGUGAUGAAGAUAAGGCUAUACGUGCUGGACCUGGUGAAAAUCUGCAGGUUAAGUUAUCUGGAUUUGAAGAAGAGGACAUAUUAUCUGGUUUUGUCUUGUGUAGUGUUGGUAAGUGCUUUAAAGAUUGUAAAAACUGAACGUUCUCAUGUUUGAUCCCCUAAAGAGGAAACUAGAUUAUAGAAAGCGGAGUUAAGAGGUAAAUGGUAGAUAAUUUACAAAUUUGUUUGCAGAAAUAUUUUCAUUCUUUUGUAGUUUUUGAUAGCAAUGCUGGGACAUCUUGGCCUCACUAUCGCUUUCUAUACUUAUUUUCUAAUUUUGAUUCUAAAGUGUUAUUUGUGAUUUUAAGUCUUGCUGAAUUAUAUCCCUUUUUUUUUUUUCUCUUUUUUACCCAGCAAAACCAAUACCAACAGUCACUGAAUUUACAGCCCAGCUGCAGAUCCUUGAGUUGCUUGAAAAUGCAAUAUUUACAGCUCGGUAUAAAGCUGUCUUGCACAUUCAUUCUGUUGUUGAGGAAUGUGAGAUUGUUGAGCUGCUACAACAAAUUGAUCCCAAGACAAGAAACCCAUGAAAAAGAAAGUUCUAUUUGUUAAGAAUGGUGCUGUUGUUGUUUGCCGCAUUGAGGGAAAGAAGUUUUGCUUUGAAGUAGAGACUAGCCCAAUUAUAUUUGAAACAUCUCUCUGUGUUUGAAAUUUGGUUCAUGAAUUAUGUCCUUUUGGCAAUAUUGUCUCAAGGGAACAACUUGAUUUGUGUUUGAGAGAUUCCCAGAUUUUGCACAACUUGGAAGGCUUACUGUUCGAACUGAAGGAAAAACAGUUGCAGUGGGAAAAGUCAUGGACAUUCCUUCGAGUGCCAGUGCAUAAAAAGGUUUUGUUGUUAGAGAUAUGUCCACCGGACUCUCCUUAUGAAUGGGUGUUAGGUUGCAACACAGAAUCGUCUUAAAUGAAGUUGCCGCAUUAACAAUAUAGUGAUAUCUUAAGGAGAGGUGAGGUGCCGAUGCCACAGGUGCUUGGCAUUGGUACUUUUGAUAUACUUAUGGGUAUGUAAUGUUUAACUUGUACACCCAUUGGCAUUUUUGGAACACAUGAUUGUAAUACAUGGUUUUCACAUCAGUCAGUUGGAAAAUAUUUAGUUUUGGUUUGGGCAUUGUUUGCCAUGAAAGCAUUUAGUUUGUCAUUUAGAUUUUGGUACAAUAUUUAUGAGUGUAAAAACUUAUUGACUGCCCUUUCAUCGUCUAUGGCAUCCUGUUAAUAAAUUGAACUGGCUGAU